AUGAAAGCUGCCGCGUGCGCCGUCCUCCUCCUCGCCCAAGUUCUCGGGUCGUCCGCCUUCCCGUGGAUGGCAGCUCCUGGCGCCGAACAAGCCACGCACGACUACCUCAAGGAGCGCGGCCUGCUCCUCGGCAAGGACGGGCUCCUCGGUCAGCUCGGCGACACGCUCACCAACAACGUCGGCGGCAUCAUCACCGGCGUCGAGGGUGCGCUCGGCGACGUCGUCAACGGCCUCAGCGGCGCUCUCGCGACCGGCGUCAAGGAAAGCGACAGGCGCCCUGACGCAGCCCACCCGUACAAGGAGCCCGGCCCGACUGACCAACGCGGUCCCUGCCCCGGCCUGAACACGCUCGCCAACCACGGCUACCUCCCUCGCAACGGCAUCGUCACGGCCGAGCAGGUCACGAAGGCGACGUCUGAGGGCUUCAACAUGGCGGCCGACCUCUCGGGCGUCCUGAACCUCAUCGCGGUCGCGUUCGGCGGCAACCUCGAGACGACGACCUUCUCAAUCGGCGGCGAGGACGAGCGCACCUACUCGGCGAGCGGCAUUGGGUCCAAGGCGGCUGGCCGCCAGUUCGGCCUCGACGCACACUCGCGCUGCGAGGGCGACGCGUCGGCGUUCCGCCGCGACUACUUCCUCAACGACGGCGACAACCACUCGCAGCAGCCGGACCGCUUCCGCCGGUGGAUCGAGCACGCCAAGAACAACAACGGCGAGUUCAACGUCCAGUCGGCCAACCAGCUGUGGGCCGAGAACGCCAAGGAGUCGCUCGCCAACAACGACCGCCUGUACUUCCAGGCCUACACCAUCGUCGUCGUCCUCGGCGAGUACCCGUUCCUGUCCAACUUCUUCUCGAACGGCACGUACGGCGCCGGCGGCGUGUCGAACCUCGAGUCGAUGGCGCCGCUCCUCGGGUUCAAGGUCAACGACGACGGCUCGAUCUGCUCUCAGCCCGAGCGCUUCCCGGACAACUGGUACCGCCGCUCGACGCCGUACGGCGUCCUGAACGGCCUCGUGCCCGGCCUCGUCGGCACGUACGCCCAGUACCCGCUCCUCCCGAACCCGCUCUCGGCGGUCCUCGAGGGCGGCGAGGUCAACCAAAUUGGCUGCGCCCUCUACCAGGGCAUCACGAGCGGUAUCCCGGCGUCGCUCCUCCUGUCGACGACCGACGCCGUCUCGUCGGCGCUCACCAACCUCCAGAACAAGCUCAUCCCCGGUCUGCCCAACCUGUUCGGGUGCGACAUCAGCCAGAACGACCUGCAGCAAAACUCGACGCAGACGUACGACGACUCGAUGCAGGAGCGCAGCACGGGCGGCGGGCAGGUGUGUACACGUGCGGCGGUUGAGCUGGGUUCGCCCCCGAGCGUCGAGAGCUGCACGCUCGAGACGUCGUGA